AGAUUACUCCAACUAUAUCAUCUUAUGAAAUUUUGUAUGCAUGCAAUUCAGAUCCCUCAAAGUGUCAGUAUCAAACAAUAAGGAAUCUAUCUAUUCUUGUUCUUCAAUUAUCUCAAAUUAUUUUAUAUCAUCUCUCUCUAGAUUUGUUAUUGUCCAAAAAUAAAAAGUAGUCACUAUUCGAUAUUUAGAUACUCAUUUCAGAUUCAAAACUGUAUUAAACCUGAAUUAAAAGCCUCCAAACUUCAUCUAAAAUCUAUCAUGUCCUGUGUUCUGCAUUAAUUAUUUUGCAAGAUUAUUUCUUUUUCAUCCCAUCAACCAUCACAAAUUUGAUUCUUUCCCCCAUCCAACACAAGAUAAGUAUCACACCUCCCUCCUCACAAAAAUCACAAUUUCCUCGCAACUCAUAGCAUAUCCUCACCAUGGUCCCAAAACUCAUCAUAAUAACAUGUAAACAACCCCCAACUUCAAUCCCUUCGUUUAACAUCUCAUCCAUCAAAACCAAAGAAAAACCCCAAACAACCCAAACCCAGACACUAAAAACCACCACUACAAAAACAAAAACAUCUCCUCCACCACCACCACCACCCCACCACCACACAAACAAAAAAACAGAAACAUCACUCCCAGGACUACUAUUCAACACAUUCGACGACAUCAUCAACAACUUCAUAGACCCACCAAUAAAACCAGCCCUAGAUCCAAGACAUGUUUUAUCUCAAAACUUUGCUCCAGUACUAACCGAACUCCCUCCCACACAAUGCCAAAUCAUCCAAGGCACACUCCCACCGUCACUUAACGGCGCUUACAUAAGAAACGGCCCAAACCCCCAGUUCCUCCCACGUGGACCCUACCACCUCUUCGACGGUGACGGCAUGCUUCACGCCAUCAAAAUCUCAAACGGAGAAGCCACACUCUGUAGCCGUUACGUCAAAACCUACAAAUACAAAACCGAAAACGAAGCCGGUUACCCUCUCUUCCCGAACGUCUUCUCCGGUUUCAACUCGCUUAUUGCCUCCGCCGCACGUGGAUCCAUAACCGCCGCACGUGUCUUUACCGGUCAGUAUAAUCCAUCUAACGGCAUUGGUUUAGCGAACACGAGUUUGGCUCUAUUUGGUAAUCGUCUUUUCGCUUUGGGAGAAUCAGAUCUUCCCUAUGAAAUUAACUUAACCCCAAACGGUGAUAUUCAAACAAUCGGCCGUUACGAUUUUAACGGUAAACUCUCCAUGAGUAUGACGGCGCAUCCCAAAAUUGACGCCGAUACCGGUGAAGCUUUCGCGUUUCGUUACGGUCCCAUUCCACCUUUUUUAACUUACUUCCGUUUCGAUUCUAACGGAGUUAAACAUAACGACGUUCCCGUUUUCUCCAUGACAACACCUUCGUUUCUUCAUGAUUUCGCGAUUACGAAAAAAUACGCUGUGUUCGCUGAUAUACAGCUCGGGAUGAAUCCUCUUGAUAUGAUUUCCGGUGGUUCUCCGGUAGGUUCCGAUCCUUCGAAGAUUCCGAGGAUCGGGAUUCUUCCUCGUUACGCUAAUGAUGAGAAGAAGAUGAAGUGGUUUAAUGUGCCAGGGUUUAAUAUUGUUCACGCUAUUAACGCGUGGGAUGAGGAAGAUGGAAAAACGGUUACGCUUAUUGCGCCGAAUAUUCUCUCCGUGGAGCAUACUAUGGAGAGAUUGGAUCUUGUUCAUGCGAUGAUUGAGAAAGUGAAGAUCAACGUUGAGACUGGGAUCGUUUCAAGACAACCGUUAUCGGCGAGGAAUCUUGAUUUCGCGGUGAUAAAUAGUGAUUUCAUGGGGAAGAGGAAUAGGUUUGUUUAUGCGGCGAUAGGGAAUCCGAUGCCGAAGAUUUCGGGGGUUGUUAAGAUUGAUGUGUUGAAAGGGGAGGAAGUUGGCUGUAGGAUGUUUGGAGAGGGUUGUUACGGUGGUGAACCGUUUUUUGUGGCGAGGGAAGGUGGUGUUGAGGAGGAUGAUGGUUAUUUAGUAAGUUAUAUGCAUGAUGAGAAGAAGGGAGAGUCGAGGUUUUUGGUGAUGGAUGCUAAGUCGCCGGAGUUUGAUAUUGUGGCGGAGGUGAAGUUGCCGCGGCGGGUGCCGUAUGGUUUUCAUGGGUUGUUUGUGAGGGAGAGUGACAUCAGAAAGUUGUCGCUGUAGUAGGUUGUCUCCGUUACACGAAACAAUUAUUAUUGUUGUCGUUUACUACACGGUAAAGGGAACAAUUACUGAAAGGAAUGUGAUUUGAAUGGUUAUUGACAUCACAGAAACUUUCAACUUUCAGUAUAUAGUACUAUAUGUAGUGAGGAGUAAGGUAGAUUGGUGUAUAUUCAACGGUUUGGUCUGUAAUAUUUGGAAUAUAAUAACUGUAAAGUAGUUCAAAGUACACAGUAGUAGCAUUUUAUAAUCAUAUAUAGAAAAACAUAUACAUA